CAGUGUUUCAAGUCUAUUACUGUUGUGAUCACAAUUGUUCCUACACAGCUAGGGUUUUGACUCUCUUCAAAUGGAUUUCAGUGCUGCUAAUCACCGAAUACCUCUCAGUGAUGGGAACAGUAUUCCUAUCAUCGGACUUGGCACCUACUCAACUCCUAAAUCAACCCCUAAAGGAUCCUGCUUGAUAGCAGUGAAGGCAGCUCUUGAUGCAGGAUACAGGCACAUUGAUGGGGCCUUCGUCUAUCAGAAUGAACAUGAAGUAGGCGAGGCCUGCAGGGAGAAAAUAUUAGAAGGAAAGCUUCGGAGAGAGGAUCUUUUCUAUUGUGGAAAGUUAUGGUCUACAAAUUUUGAUCCACACUUGGUACGUCCCUAUCUAGAGAAGACACUCAACAGCCUCCAACUGGAUUAUGUAGAUCUUUAUAUCAUAGAAUUACCCAUGGCUUUUCAGCCUGGAAAUAAUUUCUUCCCUCUAGAUGGAAAUGGCAAAUGGGCAUAUCAUAAUGUUGAUCUCUGUGAAACUUGGGAAGCUUUAGAAGCUUGCAAGGAUGCUGGCUGGUGAAAUCCCCUCGGAGUUUCCAAUUUUAACCGCAGACAGCUGGAACUCAUCCUGAACAAGCCAGGACUCAAACACAAACCUGUGGUCAACCAGGUGGAAUGUCAUCCAUAUUUCACUCAGCCCAAACUCCUGAAUUUUUGCCAACAACAUGAAAUUGUCAUUGUUGCAUAUAGUCCUUUGGGAACUUCUAGGGAUCCAACAUGGGUGAAUACUUCUUCUCCUCCUCUGUUAGAGGAUGCACUUCUAGUCUCCUUGGGGAAAAAGUACAGUAAGACUUCAGCCCAGAUUGCUCUACGUUUUAACAUUCAGAGAGGAGUGGUUGUCAUUCCUAAAAGUUUCAACCCUGACAGGAUCAAAGAAAACUUCCAGGUCUUUGACUUUUGUCUCAGUGAAGAAGACAUGAAGAGCAUCGAAGCAUUGAACAGAAAUGUUCGCUUUGUGGAACUACUCAUGUGGAAAGAUCAUCCCGAAUAUCCAUUUAUAGAUGAAUACUGACCCAGAAGAACUACUGGAUGAAUUACUCUGAAUAAUUCUCAGAGAACUAUUGAAUUUCCCUCUCACCUCUGCCAGAUCAAGGGUUGAGGUCAAACUCCUAAAUCUUUAGAUGUGGUAAUGAAAGAAUUAUUGUAUGCUGUAUGUAACUUUGAUUCAGCAAUGCUACUGAAGAAAUGUAUUUUAUUAACAAUGCAUGAAUUAAUUGUUUAUAAAUCAUUAGCUCAACUUCUUCUGGUUCCAGACAGAAAACCAUAACGCUUCAGAAAAGACUUCAAGGACAACAUUUGAGGUGAAUAAAUCAUGAAUCUGGGUACUGACAA